GUUCCAGAGGUGAGGUGAGCUCUGUCCCGUCCAGCCCUGUGAGGAGCCUGCACACGAAGAGCCGCAGCCCAAGCCCCGCAGCCCCGGGCAGCACAGAGCAUCGUGGACCAUGCCAGAGGCAUCCCCGGGGCUGCCAUGAGCUUUGCCUGAAGGCCGGUUUGGUUUCCAGGAUUUUCCAGGUGCUGCUGUCUCCGGUUCAUUCUCUCCAAUGAGAAGGUUCUCACUGGCACCUUCGACCUCGGGCGGCACCUGUGGGAAGUGUUGUGCCUGGAACGGGGCCUUCGCUGCAGUACAUCCACACCAGGAAGGACACAGUGCUGUGCUGGGCUUGUCUCGAGGUGUGGUGGGAGUGUGGACUUGUGGGUUACCACACAACCCGCUGGCACUGAAUCAAAAGCACGUUUAGUAAAAAAAGCACGCCACUUUUGACAUCAACACGUGAACCAUGCCAUACAGAGCCUCAAGUAUAUUUGUGCCAAAGGGCAGAAGUGCUUGCUGGUGUGCUCCUCUGCCAUGUGCCUCAUCUUUCUUGGAACCCAAAUGGAACUUACUAGGAUAAGUCAGAGAUGUGAAAAGCAUUCUCUUUACACAGAGCCAGUGCUACCCUGGCCAGCACCUUUCUGAACGUGGGCUGUUAUUCUUUCACUACCUUUGGCCAUCUGUAAUGGUCCACAACAGUUUCUGGGCUCUGUGAUCCUUUACUGUACUAUUUUAUUUUUGAGACUUCUGCAUUUGGAGCUCCCAGACUGCUUCAACAUGGGAUUGAAUGGGAUCCUGUAGGAACCAUCAGGUUUUUCAUUGCACUGGAUCACGAACCUCUUGUUGCUAUGCGUACCAAAAGAGUCAAAAGCUUCUUUCUAUGACCAGGAUGCAACUUCAAAAUCACUGUGAAAUUCAGCAAAAAUGAAGGUGCUUUGUGGCCACCAAAAAAAGGAAUGGCAGAGCUCUCAAGUGCUUGUCUGGGAAAAUUUAAGUCAGAAUGAUGUUGCAGGAUUAUUUCAUUUCUGUUAAAAAGAGAUUGAUUUUUUUUAUCUCCUGACAUGCAAGAUAUCUGUUGCAGUCUGGUUUCAGUUGGCCAUAAAAGUUAGUUUUGGGUUUUCCAGGGGUGGGUUCUCACUAAAGUGUUCAUUCCAGUGUUUGACUACUGGAGAGGCUGAUGCACUAGGAUUUUAGUUUUUGUAAAUAAUUUGCUGAGGCUUGUUUGAAGGUUUGAGGCUUGGUGAGUUCUAAAGUAAAUAUGUAGAAAUUGUACCUGAUUCUAAGCUGGUGCUAGUACCAUUUUCAGGCACUUCUUUCUCAGAGCUGUUCCCAUGAUCUGCCAAAAUCAGUUUUCUCUAGUUUUCUGUUCAGUGCUAGAUGUGACUUCUGUGGAUUCAGUGAGCCUCAGUGGAUAGACAAGAGUCUUACACUCCCUGUAAAUGACAAAUGUCUGCACUGUCUUGUGGCAAGGACACUUCACAGCUUAAAAAAGUUUGCUUCAAGGAACCAUCUCCUUCAGAUUGUUUUGAUCCUGCCUUCUCUGAGCUCCAUUUGAUGUGCUCUUACAUGGUGAAGGACGGAGAAAAUUUUGGUUUUCUCCAGCCUAAGUUCACUCUUGACGUUAUUACCUGUGAUAUCUCUUCCAAACUGAGGAAUCUUUCUUUGCUUAGGUCUUCCUUUUCAGAAGAUCUUGGUGCUUUUGAUCACCUCUGCAGCACUUCCAGUUCUGCUCCCCUCCUGCUUAGAGGAAAAGCACCAGAUGUGCACAUAGUGCUCCAGACGAUGGUGCUCUGGGGACUUCUGUGGCAGCACAGAAGAUGUGCUGUUCAUCUGAGAUCUCUGCUCCUUCUUCCUACACUAUUAAUUCCAGCUGCCUCUCCUCAGCAGUGGCCUUUUUCUGAGGGUUUAGGCUAUUUGCUCAGGGUGGCCUGGGCUGGAAUCCCUCUCCUGCCCGCAUUGGAGUGUCUGCAGUGUGUGUGUGAAGACUGCAGUACCCACAUGUAGCGCUUGUUAAAAGCUCCCAUUACAGGUCUUUCAGCAUCUGCUCGGUUCUGCUCAUGUUCCAGGUGUUCUGUGAUUUGCCCUGUGAUUGUCUUUUUGCUGUCCUUCAGCAGCCACAUCCAUCCUGCUGUGCCUGCCCUGCCAAACCAGGACUUUCCAGUUGGUAAAAGUCUGGUGGGGGAAGAGGAGGCUGCAGGUGGCUCUCAGGGGAGGGCAGAGGAGCUUGUCCUCUGUUCAGAGCCUGGUGGCUGCAGUGUUGGGGGUCUCUAGCCCUAUGGGGCCCUUUAACAGUGCAAGCUGUGUCUCUGUACCCAGAGAGCUGGGGCUGCCCUGCUGGAAGUCAUUAGUGAGGCUGGGUUGGCUUCUUCUUGCUUUCUGGUGGUACUAGUGGUGAGCUGGUGACCUGAAGUUCUUGUAGCAUCAGGAGCUGGUGCAUGGUAGCUAAUCACUAGAUUUUGUAGGUUUGUGCCAAUAGCUCCUAGUGAUACCAAUGUAGAUGCAUACUGUGUUUUAGGAUAAAUGAAUUUAAGAUAAUUCCACCUGGCCGAGAUUAUUUUUAAGAGGCAAUUAGAUGGAAGACAGGAAAGAGUAACAAACUGAGCGAGUUUUACAGAAAUCAGCUUAUCAGAAAUGAGCUUAUCAGGAGUUUCCUGUUGCACAUACUGUGGUGUUCUAGAGCAUUUUCAGCGAAUUCAGCCUUUUCUAAACCGUUGUGGUUUUGUGUAAGUUAGACACCUCUGUGUGAUCUGGUGCAAGCAGGCACACACUCACCUGGUCUCUGUUCCACCUCACUUUGUGUCCCUUCAAAUGAAGAUUAUAUUCUUUCUGCUGUGAGAAUUUUUAAUUCUUCCAGACCAUAAACUGCUAAACAGAUUUGUGGAGACUUCAAUAGUUAUGCCUGCUGUCCAUCCAGUUUCAAGGAGUAUUUUUUUUGUUUUUCUGAUUUAUAUAAAGCAAGCCUGGGUAGAAGCCAUCCUCCUUGCCAGUAUCCCAGCAUCCCACCCUUUUAUGUAGACUAGUAAAUAUUUUCAAGAUCCUUUUGAUCUUUGUCUAUGCCUUAUUUGAGUGUUCUGCUAAAUGUUGGAUAAAAAGGAAUUUAUGCCAAUGAACUUUGUUCAUCCUUGCAAAAAAUGACAGUGACAGUAUCACUGGAAAUGCUACAUCACAGAGAAUAAGGAAAAACAUACUGAAUUAAGUAAAUAUUUCAUAAGCUAUUUUAUAGCAUCUGUAAACAUUUGUGCAUUUUGCAAGAUAAAUACUCUCAAGCAUUUCUGUUUUCUAGUUUAAUGUCUGUACUAUAAAAGUACCUAAGAAUUCAGUCAGGGUUCAGUUUUUAUAACACGCACUGGGCAGUGUAGGCACCCCCAGACUAAUGAGAUGCUGAUUGCAAACAAAGCACUUGCACUGGGAGUAGUUUCAUUCUGUGCUGCUACUGCCCAGUGCUGUGUCAGGGUUUGCUUUCAUGUGUUGUAGCUUAAUGUGAGUGUCUUGGGAUGGGGAGAUGAGUAACACUCUUGCUGAAACAGGCCAAGAUUCUUGCUGCUUAUAGGUGUCUUUUCCAAAGGUGUUGAUCUGGUGCUGGUAGCAGUUCUCUUUUUAGAUAUGGUCUUUGCUUUUUUAUUAUGAGCUUCUAACAAAAACUGAAUUAGUCAUGUUUUUCCCUCAAAAAAAAAAUUCAAAAAAGGUCAAGUGGGUGUAGUAAAUGAGAAUUCAGAAAGGCACAGAACAAAAGCUGGAUUGUAGAUUUCUGUGGUGUCAGAGAUGGAGGACACUUCUGACAUCUCUCCUUGAAGCUGGUGCUAAAGCAAGUGCUAAAGGCAGUUUGGCCAGUUGUGGGCAGCAGCUGUGCUAAGACAGACAGGCAGGUAGGGAUCAAAGGAAUUGAUUUACCAGGAAAUAUUUGGAAGAACAAAAGGAGUGUGUGACUUGACCAAACAUUUGUGUGUAGGGAAUAUAAUAAUUCUGUGCAAACCCUGCAUCCCUGGAGAUUAAGUGGCAUUAGCAGGAGAUAUUUUUAACUGCCCUAAGCUUUUAACUACCCACAGUGGACACAGAGGAAUUCCCUUUUCCUUUCAAAAAGCAGAUUUCUGUGUAUUUCAACACUGGCAUUCUCUCUCCUUGUAGGCUUCUCCUCCCCAGGCAAAACAAGCUCACUGAAUCUAGGCUUUCCCCACAGGACAUAUUUUCUGUAUCUUCUCUAGACUGACUUAUCUAUUUGCCAUAAAAUUGUUAAGGUCCAAGUAGUUGUUUUCAGUUUGUGUAUUUAAUUUGGAAGAAAGAUUUAUGUGUCCCAAAGCAUGUUUAUUAUUUCCAGCUAUUUCAAUUGGUCUAAUAAAAGAUAUUACCUCAUCUCACAAACCUUUAUCUCAUUUAGGGACUUACAUCAUCACAAAUGGAGCAGCACUGCUUUUACUGUCGGUGUGACAGACUCUGUGUCCUGUCCUCUUGCUGCUUCCUGUCACUCCCAGUUUGUGCUUCUCUGUGUCUGGUUUGUCCUGCAUUCUUUUGUGUGUUUCUCUGCCCAUGUGCUGAGUUUUGAAGCUGAGGAGGUGACUCUGUCAAGCUGCUUUCUUACCAUUCUUCUGCAAUAGGAACUGUGGAUGGAACACCAAGCUGAGGAGCCAGACGUUUUAUUGAAGGCCUGUGUGUAGACCCUGAUGCUUGAAUGAAGAAUGAAAAUGCUCCCUGGAGUGGGUGUGUUUGGAACUGGUAGUGCUGCCCGGGUCCUGGUACCCUUGCUGAGGGCAGAAGGCUUCUCCAUUGAAGCUCUUUGGGGGAAAACUGAAGAGGAGGCCAAGCAGCUGGCAGAGGAAAUGAACAUCUCCUUCUACACGAGUCGGACUGACGAUGUCUUGCUGCAUCAGGACGUAGAUUUGGUUUGCAUCAACAUCCCUCCACCGCUAACUCGGCAAAUUGCUGUGAAGGCUCUAGGAAUAGGGAAGAACGUGCUGUGUGAGAAAGCUGCUACCUCUGUGGAUGCCUUCAGGAUGGUCACAGCUGCCAGGUAUUACCCCAAGCUGAUGAGCAUCGUUGGCAACGUUCUGCGUUUCCUGCCCGCCUUUGUGAAGAUGAAGCAGUUGAUAGAGGAGCACUACGUGGGCAACGUCAUCAUCUGCGACGUGCGAGUCUACGGGGGGAGCCUGCUCAGCCACAAGUACAACUGGAUCUGUGACGAGCUCAUGGGAGGGGGUGGGCUGCACACCAUGGGCACCUACAUCAUCGACCUCCUGACUCACCUCACCAGCAGGAGAGCAGAGAAGGUCCACGGUUUGCUCAAGACUUUUGUGAAGCAGAACACGGCCAUCAGCGGGAUCCGCCACGUCACCAGCGAUGACUUCUGCGUUUUCCAGAUGCUGAUGAGCGACGGCGUCUGUUGCACUGUGACUCUCAACUUCAACAUGCCCGGGUCGUUCAUCCAUGAGGUCAUGAUCGUGGGGUCUGCCGGGCGCCUCGUAGCUCGUGGGACAGACUUGUACGGGCAGAAGAACACUGCGCUCCAGGAAGAGCUACUGUUUACAGACUCUCUGCCUGUCAACAAGGGCCUUUUGGAUAAGGGCUUUAAGGACAUCCCGCUGCUUUACCUGAAAGGAAUGGUGUACAUGGUGCAAGCCCUGCGGCAGUCUUUCCAAGACCAGGAAGACCGUCGGACAUGGGAUCAUAAACCUGUGUCUAUGGCAGCCUCUUUUGAAGAUGGUCUCUACAUGCAGAGUGUGGUAGAGGCCAUCAAGAAAUCGAGUAGGUCAGGUGAGUGGGAGACUGUGGAGGUGAUGACUGAGGAACCAGAUGCCAACCAAAACCUCUGUGAGGCACUUCAAAGAAAUAACUUAUGAACAUUCCUACCUUGGAAAAUAGGACAAUUAACACUUCUGGCUGUAAUGUAAAAAAAAUCCAGUUUUUAAGAUAUGUAGAUUCUUAUUUAAUAGCCUGAGUUUCUUGGUUUUUUUAAACAUGUAAAAUAUGUUCUGAUAGGAACGGUUCUGGUUUAAAUUGUUUAAAGAGUUUUAAAUGUUUCUGUUUUUUGCAAACAUUUAAAUUUUGUCUUGGAGACUGGUAGGAAAACUUGAAUUGCCCUUUGCACUUGCAGUAGCUGAAGUGAAUUGUGGGAUCUCUGCCAUUGCAUGGCUUGGAAAUGGGACACAACCCCUGUUGCACAGGUUGCUGAUUUAACCAUGAGAGCACGUAGAGCAAGAUCAGGGAGUAUCUGUUGUUCAGAUGCCAUUUUCUUCUCUCUUGGGGACUGAUUUAUGUUUUAAUCCUCAGUUUGUAAAAUUUUAGAAAAGAGUUUAGUGAUGUAACCGGUCUCUAAACUCCUACGGGACAAAAAGUAGAAGGAAUGGAUUAAAGUUACUAACAUAAGGAUCAGCCUUUUGGCUUCCUGUAUGUGGUAAAUGUCUUUCAAAUUCAUUCAAACUGAUGUUUUAUUUAAAUUAUACUAUAAUUCUCUGUUGAUGGUGUCUUGGCAGGAAAAUCUUCAGGAAGUCUGUGAUGCAUUGAGCUAUUCUUCCAUAUCUGUGGAUAUUAUUCCUUCUACUCAAGAGGCUGCCUGCAUCCAGCAGCUGUUUUUCCAUAAGCUCUGUGCUUAUGUCAGUUGUGUUUACUGCCUGGCAGCACCGGUGCUGUGCCUGUGGGGCCACGUUCUCAUUUCUGUGACUGUUAAUAAAUAAAUGCCUCCCAGGGUCACGGGAUUGCCACAGUGUUGUGGGUAACAAAGUUGUGCAGCAUGAACCUUUCAGGGACCUGAAAGUGGAAGGAAGGAGGUAUUUCCUACCUCUUGCAGCUCUCUUAAUGUGCUGGCUGGGUAACUGUCACACUACACACAUCCUGAUAGCUGAGGGAACAGGGACUGAACUGCCGUGGGUAAAUGUGUUCUUGAUCUCAGACACUGGCUGUUAAUCCUCUGUCCAGCCCAUCUUCACACUCUCCUGCAGCUGGUGUCCAGUGGAGACAUUUGUUGGCAGAUGAUGGAGUGAGAGUUCAUUCCUUUUGUGAAAUGUUUCUCUCUGAGGCAGGUAUGUGAAAAGGAUAGUAUAAUUUUACUACAUUUGUUUUGUGUACUUGAAAGCUUUUUUUUUUUAAAUGUAUUUCCCACUAAAUUGUAACCCUGUGUAUUUAUGUAUAUUAACAUGCACGCUGCUGUUACAUAAGCUGGACCUUCCUGAAAAAUAUCAUGUUUUCUACAGAAAUAAAAAAAUUGUGUUUGUUGAGGAAAUUCUCUAUGCAGCUGUGUGCUUGUAUUUGAUUUGGUCAAGCUGAAACCAUCCUAAUAAAAGUGAGCAGGAGCCUCAGAGCUGGGACUCAGCAUCUAGUGAGUCCUUCCUUACUUAUUGUAGAGGUUGCCAGAAGACACCAAGUAAGAAGCAAAUCCCUGUAUGGGAUGAUGGGACCACUUUCUUUGCUUGGUGUGUAAAUUAGGUAUUUAGCUUUGGAUAUUUACUUUCCAGGCUGACAGAAACAAGUCUAUUGCUGUGCUGUUUUAAAGGGUUUUUAAAUGGCUGCUCUUAUGUUCUGUGCAAUCUCAUCUCUACUGUAAGCUGUGUGAAGGAGCUGCAUGGUUAGAGUGGAUAUUAGGAAAGGGUUCUUCUCCCAAAGCGUUUGGGGACUGGAAUAGUCUCCCCAGGGAAGUGGUCACGGCCCCAAGCUUGCCAGAGUUCAAGGAGAAUUUGGGCAAUGGGAGGCACAGGGUGGGAUUCUUGGGGUUCUCUGGUGCAGGGCCAGGAUUACACUCAAUGAUCCUGCCAUAGGUGUGAGCAUCUAAUGUCUGUGGAGUCUGUAUGCUGUAUAAAACGGAUAACGUGUCCUGAGCUCACCUGGCAGUCUCAUUCCUUCAUUCAGAUAGAAGACCCCUGACUGUUUUCAUGCCAGCUUGGGGUCUGGUUUGAAGCUGUCCUGCUGGAACUGAGAACCUUCCUUUGUG